GGAGUUCGAACGCCGUCUGGCAACGCGGCUGGCAGUGCAAGAGCAUUGUGUGCAGGAGAAGGCAGCGAGCGGAUGUGGCUGUGAGGAACGUGUGUGUGUGUACGUAUGAAGGAACGAGUGAGACGGCGCGAAUCGUGUGAACUUCCAUGCAGUGAAAUCUUCUUCAAAAAAUCAUCACCAAUGCGUGUGCGUGUGAGCAAGUGUGAUAUCGAAUUGUUUUUUGUAUCGUCAAUUUUUACGUGCGUCAGCUUUUUCUGUUCGUCCUGUUACCAAAGUGGUUCGAUCCCCGCCCUCAGCCCAUCGAACAAAUACAUGAAAUAGCGCAUCAAAAACGCCAAAUACAUCCGGUUCCGUGAGUGCGCGCGCUCUGUCCACGCGUCUUCGUUCCGCGUUUUGUGUUACGAUCAUCGUGCUGUAAAGACAAGGAAGGAAGCUGUACUUUGCUACGCAACAACGCUCGCGCUGCUGCUAUCAUCAAUAAUCUGUGAAUGUUGUUCGCACGGUGCACGAGGCGAACCAGCAGCAACGUCAUCGAUCGAAGAACCGUCGACAGAGCCGCCCAACAACAAGGUUCCUCAAUACCCGUCAUCACCACCGUCGUCAUCGGAAUAGACCAGUGACACUCACACAGCAACGGUAACGGUAAUCCUUCUUUCCGCGACCAUGAGAAUAGAGGUGAAUUCGGCGGCAGAUUUUCUGAUGAAUUUGCUGCGGGUGCGAAAGGCAAACCAGCUGUCGGAGAACCAGCUGCAGCACUUCAAGGGUUCGCUCGAGCAGAUUUUGACGCGCCACUUCCAGCGCCACUGGUACCCGGAUGUGCCGACCAAGGGGUCCGGUUUCCGCUGUCUGCGCAUCAACGGGAAGAUGGAUCCGAUCAUCGAGAAAGCGGGCCAUGCCGUCGGCCUGAAUGCGGUCAUCCUCCGGAAGCUUCUCCCGCUCGAGCUGACCGUUUGGAUCGAUCCGGACGAGGUGUCGUACAGGAUCGGUGAAAAUGGGACGAUCUGCGUGCUGUACGAUAUCGCGCAGAGCCGGGCCAGUCCCUCGUCCGAUCUCGACUCGACCGGAAGCAGCACGGGCAUGAGUCCCUGUGAUGAGUUCAUCAUGGAGCGCGUCGGCCGGUUGGAUCUGUCCCUGUCGUCGGUGGACAGCGGUAACGGUAGUAGCAGCAGCAGCAACGGUGCUGCGAUGGCCGACUAUCUGGAGCAUACUAAUGCCAGCUCCAAUGGCAAAUCGCAGCACCAUCAGCAGCAACAGCAGCACCAUAACAACAAGUACAAUCACAACCAAUCGAACAACCACCACCACCAUCAUUACGCUAAGCAGCGUCAUAGUAACAGCAUGAGCUCGUCCUCGAGCGGACAAAAUAGUCCUCCCCUGAGCCCUCCGUACGGUGCUGCCGCCAACACCGGAUACUUGAACUACCAGCAUCUGGCCAGAUACCAGCAGCAGCAGCAGCAACCGCAGCACGGCAACAACUUCUACCCAUCGGCGGCCACCGUUCACCAGCCGCAACAAUACUUCCACUGGGACAACCAGUUCGUCAACAACAAGGUGCGAACCCAAUGUUAAGCAAAGCACAACAACGCGACGAAGAAGGGGCAUGGAGAGAAGAGAAGAAAAGAAACAGAGCGAGAGAGAGAGCGAGUGUGAUCCCGUCUGACUAAUUCCCCCUUCGGUAUUUCAAACAUCGAUCACCACCCAACACCACAACCACCAACAACAUGUACAUUUUUGAAGGCCAACCCCGCAGCUGCUUCACCGACAGGCGACAAUAGUAAAGAGUAAACGGUAUGCCGCGGCACGGCGAGAAGCAAAUUGAUCUCUUAUCAUUCUGUAAUGGGGCUCUUUGGCGUAAAGCGAGGAGGAUUGGCGUGCUCCGCGAGAGUGAACGAAUUAAGAAUGUACCGCCGACUGGGUGUCGAGCUCGGGUUUCGGAGUGUUUCUUCUAAUUCGCUUACUUCUCGCGGUCUGAGUUUGUGGGUGUCCGUAAGGGGCUUUGUUUCCCAGCGCGACGUUUCCUUCCAGCAACGUUGUCCUCCAUGGUUAAGCUCUUGAUCUCACCGCGAGCUUCUUUUAUUGGUUGCUGACGUGAAAUGGAGGACGACGUGUGAUGGUUGGCAGUGUGUGGUGCAGUAGGAGCGGAGCGUAGCGGAAGCGAGCGCGGCCACUGAAGAAAUGGAAUUAACGAAAGCAAGAGUUCCUACGGAGAAGAGAAGAGUACAAGCAGAAGUAAAACCAUGAGGACGGAAAGGAGAUGAAUUUUGAACAUUGUCGAGGAAGUAAAAGGAUGUGAUGCUGGUACCUAUAAUCGAAUAAUGUAACCCACACAGUGCAAAACUAGGCUAUGGUAAAAGUAACAUCAUUUUUUUGUUUUCAAACUUACGCGCAGAGAAAGACAAAAUGGAGAAGAAACGUUCACAUGCUAAGCGAAAGAGACGGAAGCGGAUCGGUGAUAUUUAGCGCGGUGAUCUUGAACCACAGCACGCCAUGAAACAAAAUGUUAAGACGAGAAACAGGUCGUUGGAAGUGUGAUAGAAGGGAGAAGAUCGACUGGGAUGACGAUGGGAUCGGCGGGGGGAGAUCGAUGAGUGGCCCGGCAAUGAACGUGGCGAGACGCAUUUCAAUUGUGAUCAAUACUUAUUUCAACACAAACGGCUUAUAAUACCAGUAGUAAAACCAAGAAAACGUGAAGAGCAAACUGUAAAGAACGUAUAAGCAAACAUCAUGUCAUGAAGUACAAUGCAACAUCGCACCCUCGAAUGGACGCUGGGUGGCAUUUCGAGGUUCUAGAGGUAGACGAAUCGAGGCAAGGGAUGUGUGUAUGCAUUAAAGCAUACAAGAUACGAAAGGAGCCAGCACGCUGAACAUACAACCACAUGCGCGUGUGUGAUUUGUCGCUCUUGCUUGACUGUUUAGAUCAUAGGGACAGUAAGAACUUAGAUAAGAAAGUGAGAAGUGGAGUGCGACAGGAGGGGAGAAGGCAGAUGGAAACAAGACAAGUCAAACGAUCCAACAAAACAGAGAGAGUUAGAGCCAGAGAGGAGAAUAGGAUACUGGGAAAACGUUCCGUUGCCUUUUCUGCGAGACGCUUUAUUUUCUAUGAUAAUUUUUAUACGAUCUUCAUGCAACCAACAUAAAUGCAAUCAUGCUGAUGCUGUUGGGGAAGUUACAGAAGAAACGGCCGAGUGAUGAACGAAUGCGGGAACAGCUCCGCGAGCGAGAGGAGAAUACGAUGGGCCACGAGAACACGAACACGAACACGAAACAUGAUCAAUUGAUACACAACGAUCCACAACGCCAGAUUUCUGUUCUGUAUUUCCUUUGUCUUACUUUUUCUUUCUCUCGAUUGCUGCUCUUCCAGCAAAAUCAAUCCUCCUGGCACUUGCCAAGGGAAAUGCAGUUGCAACGUUUGUAUGCAACAAAAUACAUAGCUACAGCAAGAAUGUGGAAUGAAUGUGAAGCGAGUAAUGAAGUGAUGAUAGCGUGAUAGAGAGAAAGAGAAGAGAGAGAGAGAGAAAGAGAAAGAGUAUGUGACACGAAUGGUAAUGAAAAAGCGAGUGAAUUAGGGUAUUUUUUUAAGUUAAUUUUCAUCUCUGUUCGUAAUGGUUAUUAACAUCAAACCGAUUCCCUUCCCUUUUUUGCGGGAAGUAAGAGUGCUAUAGAGACAAGGCGUGUUUCAGGUUAGAGAUGCAGAUAGUGAGGAAUGGCAAUAGGCAUUAGAGAAAGAUACAUGACGAGAGAAAGAAAAUGGUACAGAGAGAGAGAAAGUCAGACGGAAAAGGAGAACGAGCGAGAAAGAAAGAGAAGAAGAGCGAAGAGAGAGAGAGAGAGAGAGAGAGAGAGAGAGAAAAUGAGCGAAAGAAUCGAUUGUUUAUAAAUCUUAUAUAUACAUAUAUUUGCUUAUAAUUAUUUUGCUGUAACAAUUUUCGAAUCAAACAAAAGGAAUAAGAUCUACACUUGCAUAAAACAUU